UUUACCGAUUCGACAUGGGGUUGUGUUGGACGUUUGUGGCGCUGACCUGUCUGGGCCUUUGUGUCACUGGACAGCACACGACGGCCACCUCCGCCGCCCACCGCAUCCACGCCCUGCCUGGCUACAGCCCCCCCACCGACUUUGACCAGUUCGCAGGCCACUUGUCCCUGCCCAGCUCCAACCACUCGAACCAGUUAUUUUACUGGCUUGUGGAAAAAUCUUCCAACGCCACAGCCAACCAAAGGGAUACAUCGCCCCUGGUGCUAUGGUUGAAUGGGGGGCCUGGAUGUUCGUCCCUCACUGGCCUCUUCACCGAGCUCGGCCCGUUCGUCGUCCAGCCAGACUUGACCUUGCUUCGCAACCCGUACGCCUGGAACCGACACAUGAACAUCCUGUUCGUCGAGUCGCCUUUGGGGGUCGGGUUCAGUGCCCCAAGAGUGUCGUCCUCGGCCGACUACAACGACAAAUUCAAAGCGGCUCGGCUCACGGAAUUCCUCGUCGAGUUUAUCCAAGCGUACCCUUGGUACGCUGGUCGAGAUUUGUACGUGACCGGGGAAAGCUACGCGGGUAUGUACAUCCCCCACUUGGUGGAGCAACUACUGGACCACCAGAGGAGACAUGCCAACGACAGCCAGGAGGACGACUUUGUCCAGUUGAAGGGUUUUGCAAUUGGCAACCCCAUCACCGACCACGUGAUAGACAACACUGCGUUCUUGGAGUACUACUACACCCACGGCAUGAUCUCGAUCGAAGCGUACGCCCAAGUCCGCCAAGCGUGCAACUCGACAGCCUUGCUAGCGCAGUAUUCUGGCAUCUGGGCCACAUACAACCUGUCCAAGCAUCCUUGUGCGGUGGCUGUGAACGCGGCCAUGACGGAGGCAGACACGACACAUUUGAACCAGUCGCAGCUGUCGACUGCACCACACCAACGUCAUCCAGUCCGUCGCCCGAGCGUUCAUCGGGGGGCCACGGGGGGGCCUUGUGUGGACAAGUACACCCAAGCGUACCUCGGCCAACGGUCCGUCCAAGUGGCGAUUCACGUGCUUUCCGACAACGCCGAUACCUUUCCGUGGCGGUCGUGCCAAGACGACAUCACCGACGACUUGUACCAGCGCACGAUGUCGGUACUGCCGCUCUACCCCAAGCUGUUGGAACACCAGCAGCAGCUCCGCGUGCUCAUUUACAGCGGCGAUGCCGACUCAAUGGUCAACUUUAUGGGCACCCAGCGGUGGAUUUCUACUCGAGAUGGCCUUGGCCUGACUGUGACGAACAAGUGGAAGGCCUGGUUUGGUCCAGACAAGCAAUUGGCAGGGUACACACAAGCGUACGACAAGGGGCUAACGUACAGCACUGUCAAGGGGGCGGGGCACAUGGUACCGGCUACGAGGCCGCUACAUGCGCUGUACAUGAUCGAGUGCUUUGUGUUUGGACUAGAAGCGUGCCAACGCUUGACCUACCCCGUGGAUAGCUUGGAGUACUUGACUGGCGAUACCGCCACCUUUGUCAGCGAUGACGAGGACGACGAAACGACCCCAACGACGAGUCUGAUCCAGUGGUGGCACUAUGUGACUUGGUAUGCGGUCAUACUGGUGGCCACAGUGUGUUGUAUGGCUGGCAUCAAGCGCAAGGCGGCGGCGGCGCAACCACGAUAUGCAGCGUUGAAUAAUGCUGGGAUGGGCAAACAUCCACAGUACGACAGUGCCACGUCAUGA